GAGAACACACUCAUCACUUGAUUACAUGUCAAAUUCGGGGGAAUACUCCCAGAUUUCCUUAACCUCCACCAACUUUAAUCUAUCCCCUGUACCCCUUAAUUUCAUUUCCUCUCUAUAAAAGCGGCCGCUGUUUACUACUAUUAUUACUCAAAUUUUCCCUUAGCCAUGUCCAGGGUGGUAACCAGUGGAAGCCCUGGAGGAAUGAGCGGUGCUGGAAAUGGUGGAGGAAAAAUAAGUCACGAACGUCGAAUUCCUCUUCCGAGGCCGCCGGUGACAACAUCAUCGUCCAGUAUUGGACAACCAAGUGACGAUGAUGUUGAUGAGAACGAAGUUCAAAGUGAACUUGUCAAUGCUGCCCUUAACUCUAUAGCUUCCCUGGAAGACUCUCUUCCAAUAAAGAGAGGACUGUCGAAUUUCUACAGAGGAAAAUCAAAAUCAUUUGCAAACCUGAGCGGCGAAGAAUCAAAUUUGAAAAUGAAAGACUUGGAGAAACCAGAUUUCCAGGUGAACAAGAAAGGAAGACUGAUGGUGGCAGAGGCUUUAAGCAGGAAGAAUAACAGACCCUCAAGUGAUGAUCAGUUGAUUUGAUGAUCAUGAUCCCCUCUUUUUCAAUUUUUUUUCUUUCUUUUCUUCUGUUUUCGGCGUGGUACUAAAAUAAAACCUUACUUUUUGCUG